CAGCUACCCAUUCAUCAAUCAUGUUCAACAGUGAGCCGCACCGCUGCAUACGUCCGCGAUUUUUUCCUACGGCGCCGCCUAGACCCAACCCUGGAGCGAAGAUGUUCAAAGUAAUCUGUUCUAUGCCAAAUUCGGGUUACUCCGAAACUGAUGACAAGCCCAAGACUCAAGCUGAGAAAGCCUACGCAAGAAGAUUUGAAUACUCGCGCGAGCAGAUACUGAGUUUGAGGAAAUCAAAAAAUGUUGCAAGCAGCGUUCUCCUCCCAUCAGGACUUGAAUGCCUCUACAACUUUGAUGGAAUCACCGGCUCAUCGUUCAAGCCCGUCAAGAGCAGUGCAUGUCGAGAUAUUGCUCGCGACAUCCUUCUGAAUCCCAUACUCAACGAAAGGAUUCAGUUAUUUGGAUCACCGUACCUGCGCGCACUGGUGGAAGCCCACAAAGAACUUCGCCGCCUGGAGAUAAAAGAACAAUUCGAGAAUAAGAAGGAAUGAAAUGCCCAUUUUCAGCAUCUUUCCGUCGAAGGUUCAGUUAAGGCACCCGCCAUACUUACCCCUCUUGAUCCGCU